GGUGAAGUAGUUUUUAAAAUUAAUGUUAUAGAAUUAAAAAAAUGUUCAUUUCUUUGAUUAGAAUUCUGUUUAUUCUAUUUUUCGUGAAUUUAAACUUCAAAAAUGUAUUAGCACAAACUACACAGAAUUUGAACGUCUUGUUUGCCAAUGAAGAAGGCAAUACUGUAGCGGACAAAGCUGUCGAUGUAGUUUUGAACUACGUAAAAAGAACUUCGAGACUUGGAGUCAGUGUGGACAUGAAAAGAAUUGUGGGGAACAGAACAGACUCACAGAAUAUUCUCAGUUCCUUAUGUGAGGCUUAUCAACAAAUGUUGGACAGUAACACACCACCGCAUCUGGUUUUUGAUGCCACCAGGUCCGGCUUAGCUUCUGAAACUGUCAAAUCGUUUACAGCAGCUUUAGGAAUACCCACAGUUAGUGCGUCUUACGGACAAGAAGGUGAUCUACGCCAAUGGAGAAAUCUACAACCGAACGAAUUAGAAUAUUUAGUCCAGGUUUCACCACCUGGUGACAUAAUACCGGAAAUGGUCAGAACCUUGGUCUUGAACCAAAACAUCACCAAUGCAGCCAUUUUAUUUGAUGAUUCAUUUGUAAUGGAUCAUAAGUACAAAUCACUUCUUCAAAAUGUCGCUACCAGACAUUUAAUUGACGAAAUCAAUCAUGAUACUUUGAAACUUCCCGAACAAUUAGAAGAUCUGGUUAAGUUAGAUUUGAAAAACUUCUUUGUAUUGGGAAGCUUAGAAAGCAUUAAGCAUGUCUUGGAAGCAGCAGAACAAAGAAAUUUGUUUAACAGAAAGUUCGCUUGGCAUGUAUUAACCAAAGACAAAGGAGACUUAAAAUGUGACGUAAAAAAUGCAACGGUACUUUUUGCUAAACCCCUGGUCAAUGCAGCUUAUCAAGAUAGACUUGGUACAAUCAAAACUUCGUUCCAGUUGAACGCAGAACCGGAAAUAGAUGCUGCAUUUUAUUUUGACUUGGCACUGAGAUCUUUCCUAACUGUCAAGGAGAUGCUUUCUGACGGUUCAUGGAAGAAAAACAACGUGACAAACUACGUCACUUGUGAUGACUACGAACCCAAAUAUAGCCCUAAAAGAUUUAACCUAGAUAUUCGCUCAUAUUUAACAAAGGUCUCUGAAAAUAUUACGUACGGACCCUUCAACAUUGCUUCGAACGGUAUGAGUUAUAUGGAGUUCCAGAUGGCUUUGGCUGCUGUGUUUAUCAGAGCCGGCUCUUCGGAUAAGUCAAAUCAGUUGGGAGUGUGGCAGGCUGGUUUUGACAAUAAUUUAACUUUGACUAAUGGAAAGGAAAUGAAGAAUUACACAGCUGAUGUUGUGUAUAAAGUUGUAACUAUUGUGCAACAGCCAUUUAUUGUAAGAGACGAAUCAGCACCAAAAGGAUUUAAAGGCUACUGUAUUGAUCUGAUAAACGAAAUAGCUAAUAUUCUACAUUUUGACUACGAAAUUGAAGCCGUCGCUGAUGGAAAAUUUGGCAACAUGGACGAAAAUGGCAACUGGAAUGGCGUCAUUAAGGAUCUGAUUGACAAAAAGGCUGACAUAGGUUUGGGAUCCUUAUCUGUCAUGGCAGAACGUGAGAAUGUCAUAGAUUUCACCGUUCCAUAUUAUGAUUUGGUUGGCAUCACGAUUUUGAUGAAGUUACCUGAAACUCCUGCAUCUCUGUUUAAGUUUCUGACUGUACUGGAGAAUGAAGUGUGGUUGUGUAUUUUAGCAGCAUAUUUUUUCACCAGUUUUUUGAUGUGGGUGUUUGAUCGUUGGUCGCCAUACAGUUACCAAAAUAAUCGAGACAAAUAUAAGGAUGAUGAAGAAAAACGUGAAUUUAACUUGAAAGAGUGUUUGUGGUUUUGUAUGACAUCGUUGACACCUCAAGGAGGUGGAGAAGCUCCAAAAAAUCUCUCAGGCCGUUUGGUCGCUGCUACUUGGUGGCUAUUUGGAUUUAUUAUUAUUGCCUCUUAUACAGCAAACUUAGCAGCUUUUCUCACUGUCUCUCGAUUGGAUACACCCAUAGAAUCACUAGAUGACUUAUCCAAACAGUACAAGAUCCAAUAUGCUCCAGUAAACGGCAGUUCUACAAUGACGUAUUUUCAAAGAAUGGCAGAUAUUGAAGCUAGAUUUUACGAAAUUUGGAAAGAUAUGAGUUUAAAUGACAGUUUGUCUGACGUAGAGAGAGCUAAACUGGCCGUGUGGGAUUAUCCAGUUUCGGACAAAUACACCAAAAUGUGGCAGGCUAUGAAGGAGGCUGGACUACCUCUAAAUAUAGAUGAAGCUAUUAAAAGAGUGAGACAAUCCAAAUCAUCUUCUGAAGGUUUUGCAUAUUUGGGUGACGCAACUGAUAUAAAAUACCUAGAAAUGACAAAUUGUGAUUUUACUAUUGUUGGGGAAGAAUUCUCGAGAAAACCUUAUGCUAUAGCUGUCCAGCAAGGAUCUCCUUUAAAAGACCAGUUUAAUACUGCUAUAUUACAACUACUAAAUCGUCGAGAACUGGAACGGCUGAAAGAAAGAUGGUGGAACAAAAACCCAGAAAAGAAAGAAUGCGAAAAAGCCGAUGACCAAUCAGACGGAAUCAGCAUUCAAAACAUUGGAGGAGUUUUUAUAGUGAUCUUCGUUGGAAUAGGCCUGGCUUGUGUUACACUGGCUUUCGAGUACUGGUGGUACAAAUACAGAAAAACCUCAAAAAUAACAAACGUCAACGAAGCUCCGAAUGUCAAACAUCACAAACCGUUGGGAUUCCCAAAAGAUUUCAACAACAAACCGAAGGAUGAAGAGGGCAGUCUGGCAAUGAAGCUGACCAAACUCUAUCCAAAACCAAAAUACUAAGGGAAAAUCUAAACAUUUUUAAAAGAUAUAAUUUUACUAGAAGGCAAGAGUUAGUUCAGUGCUAGAUGAAGAAUUGGUUUAUAUAUUUUAACAAUUUUGGCUUAAUAUUGUAAAGAUACAGUGUCACUCGGUCAAACGGAAUGCAUUCGAUAAUGAAUAAAUAGGGGUAUAUCCAGCAAAAAGUUUUUAUACAGGGUGUAGCAUGUAACAGUGACCAAUAUCAAUUCUCUUACUUUAAAUACAACAACCUGUAUAUUAAUAAUUUUUUUUUUAUUUUUAAAAAUAUUCUAGACAUAUUUCAUGUAGCUACAAUCUGAUCUAAGGGUACAAUGUCCUGUAGAGCAUAAUAUAGGAUAUGUAGAGGAUAUUGUACCCUUAGAUUAGAUUGAAGAUGCAACUGUUACGGAAAUAAAAGAAACGGCGUCAAAGAGGCAUUUACUUAGCCUGUACUCUUUACUUUUUAAUGGCGCUUCUGGCAGUAAGUAGUCUUAAGAAGGUUGUAAUUUAUUUUUG